AUAUUCUCCACUUUCCUCUUUCCCUCCCUCCCUCCCUCCCUCCCUCUUCUCGGCCAGAUACUUAAGCAGCUUCUCCGCCACCGACGCAUUUCUUCUAUCUCCUCCAUCGCUACAGGUUUUUUCUCACGGCUGAGAGGAGAUUCUGAUGGCGUCGAAGAGGAUUCUGAAGGAGCUCAAGGAUUUGCAGAGAGAUCCUCCGACGUCGUGCAGCGCUGGUCCUGUAGCUGAAGACAUGUUCCAUUGGCAAGCAACAAUCAUGGGACCUUCUGAGAGUCCAUAUGCUGGAGGUGUAUUUUUAGUUUCAAUUCAUUUCCCACCUGAUUAUCCCUUUAAACCUCCAAAGGUUGCAUUUAGGACAAAGGUAUUCCACCCUAACAUCAAUAGCAAUGGAAGCAUUUGCCUUGAUAUUUUGAAAGAGCAGUGGAGUCCAGCAUUGACUAUAUCUAAGGUCCUGCUGUCUAUUUGCUCGUUGUUGACGGAUCCAAACCCUGAUGAUCCUCUUGUUCCGGAAAUUGCUCACAUGUACAAGACAGACCGGGCAAAAUACGAGUCGACUGCUCGCAGCUGGACCCAGAAAUAUGCCAUGGGAUGAUGCCUUAGUGGGAGACUUGGCGUGUUUUAUAGUGUACUUUGAGAUUAUGCAUGUGGAUGAAAAUCCCAAAGUAUCGGUGAGGUGUUUUUCCGUAUUAUGUCCUGUCGGGUUCGUGCUGGCAGUGUACUGAAUUUCUCAUUGUGCUUAAUUUGAAGUUUGGAUACAAGCUCCGAAUGUUGUAACCAAUAUACACGGCUGGAAUGAAUCUAAAUGUAUGGUUUUUCGAUCUAUCAAUGAGCAAAACAAGUUGCCAGUGUUGCAACCCAUUGUUAUA